AUGGAAGAUCGCAUCAGGCGGCACCAGAAGAUCAUGAGAUCAAGAUAUUCGAAGUUUCUUCGCAGACGGUCCCUGUGGGAAGAUCACGAUUGUACACACCGGCACGGGCGUUUGUCGGACCAUCUCGGGUCUAGAAGAUACUGCGGGCAGAAGCCAUCUCAGGUGACAAACUCACAAAAGGCAAAGCCAGCACCAGAAGUGCAGGACCGCUACGGCUUCGACAAGGAUUUUGAGGCUUUCCGAGCGGCGAUUGAUAGAGCCAUUGCAAGAGAUCCUUAUGGAACCCUCUUUGGCAGGAGAAUGGCAAGACAUCCUUGGAUCACCAAUCCCGCGUGGACUCCUUUGUCUUGGUUAUCUCAACGAGAAAACCUGGCCGAGCAUGAGGGUGUACAACCUAGCAAGCCAAAGCCGGCAGAGAAUGGAAAGGCUUCUCCAGAGGAGCAACAUACUGCCACGCUCAGGCCUUCGAAGCCAUCACAAGGCGAGGAAACGACUACGUCGUUCGACGAGCAAGACUAUCAAUAUGAUCCGAUCUCUAUGCGAAAGGUGCCCAUCAAAAAGCCCGACGCGACAGCUGAAACGGCACCGGAGGAAAAGAAGCCCCUCUUAGAGACCCUGUUCUCAGAGCACGGUGUCGAUAUCCCAAUCAAGACCUAUAAGCCUCACAAGGUGCAUGGGUAUGGUGCUCCCACACAGGAAUCUGAGGACUAUAGCCCUGAAGUACGGCAGCCGAACUUCCAUCGCAGCUUCGAUAGUUCCAAGAAGCAGGAAAUAAGGGAUCUCCUGGCUAGAUCCAAAGGCAAUAGCCUUGACACCACUGCUCGAUUUACUGAAGCAGGCUCCGAAAUGAAGGCUAAAGAAAGCCCCGAGAAACCGAUUGUCUCAGAAGACGCUAGUGAGCCAUUGGAGCCAGACGAGAGCGCACCAUUGUUUUCAGGUACUACUUAUGCCGACAGGUUUAACAACGAAGCCUCCAAUCCAAUCGAAGCAACCCCGUCCGAAAAUGCAGAGCGUCAUGCAGCAUCUGAAGACCAGAGGAAUAUCACCGAAAGUACUGUCGAGAUCAAUGUCAAGGAAUCCAGCAGUCGGCUUGAGCCUGCCUUGAACCGUAUCCAGGCGGAACCAGUUAAGAAGACAGAGGAGGGACACUUUACGCUUCAGACGGCAGUAGAUCGCCACGUCUCCAAGUCCAAGAAAGAGAUUCAGAAGGCCGGUGCUGACACUGACACACCGAAAUCCCUGAAAAUUCCCGCUGCGACCACAGAAGAGGACAUAGACCUCCUACGAGCCAGCGAUGUACGUGCUGCUGUGAGAUCCGCAAGAGUGACGAAGCAAGAGACGGACACGCUCAAGAAUGAGACCCGAGCGACACUCGAAGCGGAUUUCGCUGCUCGACAGUCGGGCAAAGCAGCGGUUGAUGGUGAAGGGAACGAUGAUAUGACUAGCACCCUCACGAAGAAGAUCAAUCACGUUUGGGAUCAUGUUCGUGACUACCCGCAAGGUAUAGUGGCGAAAACCAUGCAGUCUGUGAACGCCUUCAAUGAGAACUAUAAGAAAUAUGUACGGCCCGACGGGAUCAAAGGCUUGACCGACAAGCUUGUGUUCCAAGAUGAAACAUUAAGCAGGUCACCUUCAAUAUAUAAGGACGUUAAACAGCAGCAAACAUUGGACCAGUUCACACCAUCCAAGGAGGUUCUGGAGGCCGAAAGAGAAAGGUCCGAACGGACUGCCAACCUGAAGCGUGCUACCGUCAAGGCGAAAGAAGAGGCAGAAACGCGCAACGUGCAAUUGUCCCAACUGGCUAAUAAUAUACGAGCUGCCUACGAGCAUGAGUAUGGCCCUAUCGAUGUCCACCACCGGCAGCCAGACGCUACUACUGCAGAAGCCGAGCACACGGGCCCGGCACCUCCCUCAAAGCCUCACCCUCUGACCACCGCCAGUGUCAAACCCGGCGUUACCACCAACCCAGUCAUUGAUCAACACGUCAGCGAAUUCGAGCCCAGGUUUGCCGAACUUGUGGACGGUGCCAAAGAGAUUCGCACUCAACUUUGGCAGGCUGAUGAAGAAUUGCAGCAGGUCCGGCCUUCUCUCUCAUCUUCUCCGGACUUGAGCACAGUUAUCGAUGGUAUGAAAGAAAUCAGGCGAGAAUUACACGAAGCUCAUCUGGCCCUUCGAGCGAUUGAGAGUGGAAGACCUGAAACCGUUUGGAAUGCUCCUCAUAGGGCUUGCUCGAACUUUGGCCAGAAGCGAGUUGACUGGAAGGCAGAAGGGGUCUCUGCAAACGAUGAACACGAAUCGGCCGCGAAUGAGAAGAAUUCGGUCGAGCCUAUGGAAGGCCAGGUUUCAUCCAUGUCAGAACCUCCCACGAAAGAGCCAAAGAAGGUGCCUAAGAAGGUGCCAGAGCCAUUCAUCACUCCUGAUGGCUCACCAGCCUGGAAUGAUGAACAACCGCCUUCGAUCGAGGAUCUGAGGAAGAUCAAGUUUGACUCACAAUUCAUCAUCCUCGCUUUUGAUCCAUCCACGGGUAAGGUCGAGUUCUCCCCCAUGAACGCACCGACGAGAGCAUCACCAAAACCGGCCGAUGCGGUGGGGAUCUUGGGUAAGCUCAAGAAUGCUCCUGAAUUCUUGAAGCACUUUGCAACGAUGAAAAGAGCCGGGUAUUCCCUCUUCAACGGCAAUGAGAACAUGCUCAUCUUCAAGAAGAAGCAGCCCGAGCAGGCUUCCGUUGUAUCAGGGGCGAAAGCAGUGGAAGAGUCCAAGACCACCAUUGUCAUCGCUUCAUCUACUUCUGUUUCCGGAAAGACCAAUGCCGGGGAGGAGUCAACUAUAUCUAUGGCCACGGUCCUUGAAGAUGUUCCAGCAGAGGCUGAACCGACAGCGGGACCAGCGGCGCCGACAGCGCCUCCAUCUCGCACUUAUGGCAACCUAGGUCAAACCAAGGUGAAGAGGCAAGAAGACGUGUUUUCCGGCACCAUUCGUCCAAAUGCAGCAUCUCAGGCCGGUGGUAAUGAUUCGUCCCCGCCAGAACCACGCGUCAACCCGUCGAAUGAACACGGUGGCGGCCUAUGGAAACGGUUCACGCGCAGCCUAAAACGGACAGCGAUGAUUGUUGCAGCUCUCACUGGCACCGCCUAUGUCAUCGGCUUUGUUGCCGAGGGCAUGGGUGCCGAGACACAGAAGCAGAACGGUGUCGAGGACAGUCAAGCUCAAGGGCCGAGAAAGAGGAUUGUGAUGACUGGGCAGAGACCCGGAAUAUACAGUACCGAAAGCUCCAGAUGA